GUGUGCGCGCAUCGCGCAUGAGAAUUCACCUCAUAGAUUCUAGUCUAAUGUGCCUGCAAAUCUUCCAAGCAGUCUAGAUUUUCCGGGCUCUUGUUUUUGCAUUUGAUGAUCUCGAGGCAUAUUGCCUAAAAUGGUUAGCUCUAACUCCCCAGUCGGGAAAUAUGGUCCCUGCAGCGGUGGAUCCGAGCCAAAGACUUGCCGUUUUGGGCAUCUAGAAGGGAUUUUCCUUCUCAUCCUCAUCUUUGGAAUGGUUCUGGCGGCAUCUCGACGCGAUUUCCAUCAAAUGGUAUCGCUCCUGUGAGAGUCUGGAACAGAUUGUGGCGUUAAGCAGAGCUCUAUAAGUGCAAGCAUUCUGUCCGCCUACCGCAAUCAUGUUCAUCGACGCAUCAGCCUCAGAGAUCGUGGUGUUUGUUCCUGGACAGCGUUCUUGAUAUCUCAAAUAUGGCGCCCCCAAGUCGAGUCAAGACCCAUGAUGACCAGCCCCACCGACUACACACAACGACAUCCAUACGGGAAGCUGAUCCACUGGAUCUACCUUAUCGCGAAGUGAACGAUGCCGCCAACAUGGAAGAAUAUACCACGGAAACAGCCACGGGAGAGAUCAUCAAACCAGUUCGAUCUGCUCUGACAGGAGUCGAGGAAGAAUGGAAGCUCGUCACCUUCAGCAUUGAUGACCCGGAGAAUCCCAAGAACUGGUCAAAAGCAUAUAAGUGGUACUGCACCAUGGUGGUUUCCUUCACUUGCUUCGUGGUCGCCUUCGCCAGCAGUGUCGUUACCGCAGAUAUCGAAGGACCCUCGGAAACCUUUGGUGUCUCGAAUGAGGUCAGUCUUCUGGUAGUGACCGUCUUUGUUAUUGGUUUUGGUGUGGGUCCUAUGGCAUUCGCCCCGCUCUCUGAAAUGGUCGGCCGCAGGCUCGUCUAUGCAGUCACCAUGCUCUUGGCUGUGAUCUUUGUCAUUCCAUGCGCCGUCGCUCCCAACAUCGCCACACUCAUUGUUUGCAGAGCUAUCGAUGGAAUCGCUUUCAGCGCGCCCAUGACGCUAGUGGGCGGCACACUGUCGGACUUGUGGAAAAAUGAGGAGCGAGGGAUCCCCAUGGCAGCUUUCUCGGCUAGCCCCUUUCUCGGGCCUGCGAUCGGACCUCUGGCUGGUGGCUAUCUUGCCGAUGCAACAAAUUGGAGAUGGCUAUACUGGUUGCAGCUCAUUCUUGCCUUUGUGGCCUGGGUGCUGAUCACAUUCACUGUCCCCGAGACAUAUGCGCCGACUCUGCUGAAGCGAAGGGCGAAGAAGCUGAGAAAGCAAAAGGACGACCCCAGCUACGUCACCGAAAUGGAGCUUGAUGCUCGACCGCUGGCAGAGAAGCUUCGACUGACUCUCUACCGACCCUUGCAACUUCUGUGUCUGGAGCCUAUUGUUUUGUGUAUCUCUCUCUACAUGUCAGUGCUUUACGGCCUGCUGUACAUGUUCUUCAUCGCCUAUCCGGUCGUCUACCAGGAUGGCAAAGGCUGGAGUGCUGGCUCCACCGGUCUCAUGUUCAUCCCUCUUGCGAUUGGCGUUCUGAUGAGCUCGGCAUGCGCACCGUUCGUGAACAAGCACUACUUGUCGCUGUACCAAAAAUAUGGUGGAAAGCCUCCCGCCGAAGCUCGCCUAAUCCCCAUGAUGUAUUCCUGCUGGCUUGUUCCGAUCGCACUAUUCAUUUUUGCUUGGACCUCCUAUCCCCGAAUGCACUGGCUCGGUCCCGCGAUGGGAGGUUGGCCAAUUGGGUUUGGUUUCAUUUUCUUGUAUAACUCGGCCAACAAUUACCUUGUGGAUACCUAUCAGCAUCAGGCAGCUUCUGCGCUUGCCGCGAAAACAUUCCUUCGAUCUAUCUGGGGUGCAGCCACCGUUCUCUUUACGGAACAGAUGUAUGCCAGACUGGGCUACCAGUGGGCAGGCUCGCUGCUGGCUUUCAUCGCCCUUGCUUGCUGUGCGAUUCCCUAUGUCUUCUAUUUCAAGGGAGCAUCCAUUCGUCGCUUCUCCAAGUUUGCUUUUAGCGAUGAUGAAGAGCAGGGCGAGAAGCACUGA